GCCAGGACACCUUUGACCUUUGACCUGUGACAGACCUGGAGAGUCCACGUGAACCCUAACCAUGGAGGGCGGGACCAAGCUGCGCUAUUGGCUGACUCUGUUUUCUGGGAUGCUGGAGUGUCUGUGCUUCGCUGGUGUGGUGUUUGGUUACGCCUCCCUGGUGUUCGUGCUGAAGGCCGACGGUUACUUCCACCACCUGUGUGACCACGACCCAGGAGUCAACGGAACUGGGACCAGUACAGACUGCAGUCGUCAGGAUGAACGCUUCUCUCUGGUCUUCACCAUCGCCUCGUUCCUCAACAACUUCCUGUGUUUCAUAAAUGGCUUCCUGUUUGAUCGGUUCGGUACCAUGGUGACAAGACUUCUGGGAAUAUCUCUGUACACCACUGGGAGUCUACUGGUGGCCUUUUCCAGUCCAGCCUCCUCUGACCUGCUGUUCCCAGCCUUAUCCUGUUUGGCUGUGGGGGGGAUUCUGCUGCUUCUGACCAACAUGCAGGUGGGGAACCUGUUCCCCUCUCAUCGCUCCACCAUCAUCACUCUGUAUAACGGUGCCUUUGACUCCUCCUCUGCCGUCUUCCUCAUCUUUAAGGUUCUGUAUGAAGGGGGCGUGUCUUUGCGCUCCUCCUUCCUGGUCUUGUCCGUCUGCAGUGUCAUUCAUCUGGUCCGGACCCUUCUGCUCAUGCCCAGAUCCCACAUCCCCCACCCUCUGCCCCACAACUACACCUAUGGGCUGAGCUGUGGAAAGGCCAACUCUUACAACGUGGAACAGUUUGAGAAGAUGAGGGACGGUGCACUGACCCAGGGGAGGGGCAGAGGAGACCACCCAUCAGUACCAGCACCUGGGGACACCACCGUGGACCAGGAACCAGGAGAUGGGCGGAGCUUCCGGAGCUGUGUGCUGUCCUGGUUCUUCCUGUUUCACCUGCUGUGGCUGUCCAUCAUGCAGCUCAGACACUACCUGUUCAUUGGUACGCUCAACCCAAGGCUUGUCCGAUUGGCUGGUGACGACGCCCACCGGGUCAGUCAGUUCACCAACGCCUUUGCUGUGACCCAGCUGUGUGGGGUCCUGUGUGCCCCCUGGAACGGACUCAUCAUGGACCGCAACAAGGGGAAGCCCCUGGACCCGGGUGAAGGUGAGCAGGAGGCGGAGCUUCGGUCGUCGUGGUUGUCUCUGUGUCUCACCGUGGUCCAGGGCCUGCUCUUCUCCGUCAGCGCCUCAGUCCCGGUGCUGUGGGUCCAGUACCUAACCUUCGCUCUGCAGGUCCUCAACCGCUCCUUCCUCUACGGAGGAAACGCCGCCUUCAUCAGUAUCGCGUUUCCGUCGUGUCACUUUGGGAAGUUGUACGGUCUGGUCAUGUGUGUGUCGGCUGUGGUGUCUCUGCUGCAGUUCCCCUGCUGCGCCCUGGUGGAGGGGCUGCUGGACGGAGACCCCUUCAUAGUGGACGUGGCUCUGACUCUCCUCACUCUGCUGGCGUUCAUCCAUCCCGUCUACGUUUUCAUCCACUGCAGAAAAUUGAGAGGAACCAGAGAAGACGAGGUCCAGACUGAAGCUGCCAACGGCUGUGGACUCACAGAAGCAAAGGUUUAGAGGUUCUGAGGACCAGGUUCAUGAAGGAUCGGACCUGUUUGAAGGUUUAGGGGUUCUGAGGACCAGGUUCAUGUAGGAUCAAACCUGUUUGAGUUAGUUUGUUCAAGAACAGAGAGAAUAAAGGAAAGAGGUUUUCUA